AUGGAGUGGAGUCGCUGCGCAGACGUUGCAACUGUCAACUUGUGGGUCGCGAUUGACGCGAGUGUGUCCUGGUUUGCUGCGAGACCUCCGUGGUUCACGUUAUUGGCUACAGAACUGUCGAGUCACAUCGCGCCGGGCCGCAAACUAUACCUCGGUCUCGACUUCUUCGAGGCGUCCGCAAACCACGGCUUUGACCUGCAGACGACCACAGCCCUUGUCGAGCAUGCAGCCACCGCCCCCGCUGAGUAUAUUGUCUCCACCGAGACAGUUCCAACGUACGGGAGCGCAGAGGCUUGGCCAGAGAAACAGGAGCAGGGGAGACCGGAAUCAGGAAGACAGCCCCGUUUCAAUCUCAUUGAACCCGGCUUCUUGCAGCCACCGUUCAUGGCGGCUGGAUCGAGACUUGCACUCAACUCAGAACCGAAUGCAGCCCCCUCUUGCCCCGUGUUUGGGCAUGUCCCAAAAUCAAUAUUGCGGCAGUUCCAACGGAGCAAUACACCGCACAAUUACGUCUUGUUUGUCACACACGCGCCACUCAACCUGCAAUCCGACCAAACCCAGUGCGCCGCUCAUCUCGCACUACUGUCUCGGCACCGAGCGACAACCGUGGUCAUCGCGCCCGCGAAAAGUCUGCCCGCGUGGCAAGUGAUAUUCCGUGCAGCAACCAACUAUUCCGACCAUGUACGGGGGUGGGACCACUUUGCUCCAGACGACGUGGACCAGGACUGGCUGGACACCGGAACGUUCGCUGAGUGGUUUGCUGAAGACCUCAUCUCUCAGACGGAACAGACUCUGUGCCCACCCGCCGUUGCUCGCCUCGCCGCCGCAUCUCCCGUCGCCCCGGCCUCUGCCGUCGCCUCCGCCUUUUCGACCGUCCUUCCGUUCCCGCGAGCGUCGGACGUCACCGAGUCCAGCACAAUCGCCAUCAGCACUGCAUCCAACACAGCGCGUAUCUCUGCUUUCUCGAUUGGCUUCUGCACCGGCGUGUGCCUUCUGGCAAUCGCAGCCCUCGUGAAGAAGUACUUUGUCGACAGAAACAUUCCUUUGGACAUGGUGGUCUUCAACCCAGUCGUUGCGCGCGCCCGCGACCCCGAGGUAGCGCCCGCCUGGUCUUGA